AUGGCUCACAUCGCCAGUUGCAUCGCCGGCAUUGAGCCGGCGUCCAUGUCAAAACCGGGCUCGCCGGCACCACAAAAUGUCUCGUCAACGCCGCCAAAGUCCACCUCAGAGAAACCCUUUACGUGGAGGAUGCUUCAGCCAGACGGUCAACGGAAAUACCAACUCUUCCCUAAGAGGAAGCAACUGCCAACCCUUGAAAGUGGCAAGACGGUGGCUCCCGAAAAGGCCUUUGCUAUAGCCAUGGGGCAGGCUGCCGACGGCAGCGAGAAGACUAGCGGGAGCUCCAACCUGAGGCUUCGGAUCAAUCAGCACCCACUCGUUCGUCGACGCAAGGUCAGCGUGCCUGAGCUUGGCCCGAUGACUACUGUGCAAGAAAUCUCCAUGGAUUCACCAACGAUCCCUGGCAGGCCGGCCCUCCAUGAGCGUUCCAUCAGCGCCCCCGAGGAGGCAAUCAAGCCUGAGCGUGCCAUGACUGCCAUACCGUUUUCAGCGACAGAUGAAGACGACGAGGACGACUUCUUCGCCAAGGUCAUUGAGGAAGCGUUUACCCCUGUCGCGAACGCCGCCUCUGCCACUACCUUGCCCACUCCAGUAUCGGCCCCCCUCAUGGAGUCCCAUCGUGCCUCUCCCAGGCCGUGGGAGGGAUCUACAGCUGGCGAGCGUGGCAUGGCGCGGCAGCCCGAGGAUGGAGUACGAAAGGUUAUUGGGCACCGGAGAGGAGCGUCUGAGUCUUCGGGAAUCAUGGACAGGGGCAGGGCUAGAAAGCGCGUCGAAGUGCGCAACAACAACGGGCCGCUUCUCAAAUGCAGCGACGCCAAGCGAGGAAAGAGCUGCGAGCGACGGGCUUUCGAGGAGCUGCCAAAGGGCUGGAAGCCGUCCGAGGCUACGAGCAAGCUCAACGCGAACGAGGUUGCCACUCUACAAAAGCAGGCGUACGGGCAAGCAGAGAGAUUUGAAGUUCUCAGGGCUGACGAUGUCGAAGCUCUAUCAAAGGAACUUCGACAUCUUGAUGAGCGGACAGAGUAUCUCCGACGAACAUACACGUCUCUCCGAGCUGGCCGCCGCAACCUGCAUACCCGAAUUUGCCAGUAUCUUCGCUCUCCACGUGUGGCUCGUUUCAGCCACGAAUCGAUGCUUAAGCAGGAAGAGGCCCUGGCAGAGCUUGACGCCUCCAUUGACGACUGGGUCACCAAGCUCGAACAUGCUGAGAAUCGACGCACCCGCGUCCGGCAGAAGCUACUCGAACACGUUGCUGCCGCAACGAUACUCCCGACUCAGACCAGGCAAGCGACCGCAGGCGACUCAUCGCCGCACGCACAUGCCCUGAAAUCGCCACCCCCGAAAGAUAUCUCGACGCCACCGAGGAGCCCGUCGAAGCAAACGUUUGCUGCCCGUAGCGGGAGCUGCUCCCCAUCCCCGCAACGAGUGGUGGCGCAGGUGCCCAGCACGAUUCUGGAACAGCCGGUCAUUGAGGAGGCGGCUGAGCAGGAGAGAAGCAGUCGUGCAACCAGCACCGUCACUAUGGGGCGAGGAGACGUCGAGAGCAUCAGGAUCUACGCCGGGGACGAUGUCUACGCGUUACUGGCCGACGUGGAGAACGAGAUCUCCAAAAUGAGCAGCAGCGUCGGCGAGCAGACAUCCCAGAACAGGCCCGACCCCGUCCGGACGGAGCACGAAAGACAGAAGAGCCACGAGAAGCUCAGCGGGGAGAGCAGCUCUCCAGCUACUGCCCGACUUCAGAACCCAGCUUCCGGCGCCACUCCCACCAAGGUUGCCGCCCCGCCCACCGUCGGUGUCACGGGCAACACCCCAGAUGACACGGCAGCGCCCAUCUCUCCUCCGGCGCCUACACCGCCCAUGAAGGACGAUCCCGCCGAGAAGAAGAUGAUGCUCACUAGCGCCGUCUUCAAGCCAUGA